AUGAGUAACGAAACUGUAGUGGUCAUCGGCGCGGGGGUAAUCGGGCUCACCACAGCCCUCCACAUCCAACAACACCUUCAACCCUCUCAAAACAUCCUCAUCGUCGCCAGAGAGUUCCCCAACACCACCUCGCUCAAUUAUGCUUCGCCCUGGGCCGGCGCGCACUACCGCCCAGUCCCAGUGUCCUCACCGCAAGCCGCACGAGAAAACAGCCAAGCACGCCGCACAUAUGAGCACUUCAAGCAACUCGCCACCGAAGACGCCUCCUCAGGAGUCCAACUCAUCGAUGGCGAGGAACACCUCGAGUCCCCGCCCCCAGAGUACCUGAACGAAGCCAACAUCCAGGACGCGUACGCGCAUCUCGACGGCUUCCGCCGCCUGACGCAGGACGAGACUCCCCCCGAAGUGAAAUGGGGCGUGCGCUACCGCACCUACGUCGUGAACUCGCCAGUCUACUGCGCCUACCUGCUUCGCAAGUUCGUCCUCAACGGCGGCCAGACGAGAGAGUACACGCUCGUUGAUCCGAUGGAGGCGUUUGAGCUGGCGGGGACGGGGACCGUCAGGACGGUUGUCAACUGCUCCGGACUGGGAUUCGGGGAUCCCAAGUCAUUCAUUAUCCGAGGUCAAACGUGUCUAGUCCGCAACCCCUGCUCUGUGACCAUCACCCGCCAAAACUCAGACGGCACCUGGUCGUUCUGCAUUCCCCGGCCUCUGAGCGGUGGCACGAUCAUCGGCGGCACCAAGGAACCGCACAACUGGAAUCCGACGCCCUCGCUUGAUACGAGGAAGCAGCUUCUCUCCAAUGCGGCGAAAUGGUCCCCCUUUACGGAGAGCGGAGGUCAGUUCGAUGUCAUCCGUGAUAUCGUCGGGCGGAGGCCGGCGAGGGAAGGCGGGAUGAGGAUUGAGGCGGAGAGAGUGGGUGGUGAUCGCUUCAUUGUGCAUGCCUAUGGUGCGGGGGGAAGGGGGUUCGAGUUGUCGUGGGGAGUUGCGCAGGAUGUUGUGCAGUUGAUGUUUGAGAAUGAGUUGGCGCGGCAGAAGGCGUCGUUGUAG